GUAGAGGGUACUUAAAUUGAUGUUUCAUUUUCGCGAAUCGUAUUAGGAUAUGAUACUUCCGACGAACAGAAAUUAAGCAAAAUCUCAGAAGACUUCAUCUUAAAAUGAAUCCUUCACAAAAUGGUUCUCCUGCACUUGAUGUUAAGAGAAUUGAAUCUGCACGAGCUAACAGACAACUCCAACUUGAGAAUUGGAGGGAUUAUGAACGACAAAUAGAGGCUUCUGAAAAAUACACUAAAAAGCUAACAGUGCGAAACCCACUUGAAAGAAAUGUUAAGUUCACUGACAAUUGUGUGCUAUUAGAUGCUACACUUCGAGGGGAUUGUGAAGAGGUUGAAUAUUUGCUUUCACUUGGAAUCAGUCCAAAUAUAUCCAAUGUUGAUGGACUGACAGCUUUACAUCAGGCCUGUAUAGAUAAUGAUAUAACCUUAUGUAACAUACUGCUGGAUUACGGAGCGAAUGUAAAUGCACGUGAUGCGGACCUAUGGACACCACUGCAUGCUGCGUCGACUUGUGGUUAUUUGCAAAUCUGUCAAUUAUUGAUUAAACAUGGUGGUGAUCUGAAAGCUUGCAAUGCAGAUGGUUUAAUUCCCUAUGACAUCUGUGAUGACGAGAAAACCUCCAAUUUUCUCCAGAGUCAAAUGCGCAAAUCAGGAAUAACAUCCAGAGAGAUAGAAGAUGCUCGUACUGCUCCAGAGAAGAAGAUGCUUUCAGAUCUAAAAAUGGCAUUUUCAAAAGGGUGCAAUUUAAAUAUAUUAGAUUCACAGGGCGCUGCACCAAUUCAUGUGGCUGCCGCUUGUGGAUACACCGAAGCUGCUCUGUUUUUACUGAGAUCUGGCGUUGAUCCAGACAGUUUGGAUGCUGAUGGCUGGACACCAUCUCACAUUGCUGCCUGUUGGGGUGAACUGGAAAUGAUCAAAUUACUUGUAUCACAUGGCGCUGACCUUACUUUACCAGUACCGGACGGAAGAACAGUCUUCACAAUAUGUGAUAACGAUGAAACUCACGAUGAAGUAUGUGCAAUUUGGAAUAUGAGAGAAAAACUUAGGUCAAACGUUAGGUUGAUGGAAUCGAAUGGCGCCCCAAGACCACUUCGCCGAAGAAGAAGUACAUCCUCUGUUCAUCGGACCUCAAUGAGAGAUAAAUCAAAUUUAUCAAGACGUGAAGCCAGAGAAGAAGCUCAGUUUGCUCAUUCUUCUUCAAGUGGCCUAGAUGACAUACCACCGGGUUAUGAAUCAACAGAACACCAAAACUCAUACUUAGGAUCAGAAUUUUCCAGACAUGAAAAUUCCAACAUUAAUAUCACAGGCAAAAAUAUACCUUCUAAAUCAAAUGGAAUAAACGCUAGUUCCGUAUCUAGUUCACCUAGACUGCAAAGACAAAAACACUAUGCAUCUGAACAGCAUGCUGAAAAACACCGCGAUUGUGUCUUUUCUGAUCUAGCGAACUCUAAAGAUUCUGACACUUUGGAAAACACGUAUCCUGAUAUAAACACACAGCCUCACUCAAAACAACCGAAAUCACAUACAAACAACCAUUCAGAUAUUCUAGAUGUUUUUUCACAUCAUAACGAAGUGACUGUCUUAUCAAGAGAUAUAAAUAAUUUGGAAAAUAACAAUUUAAUAAAUGGAAGAACAACAAUCGCUGAUAAACGUAAUCAUGCUGGGUCAUUAAAUUCGUCGAAUCCUGAAGCCGAGUCGCAGUACCUUACAAACAGAGAGGUGUAUAUUGACCAUAUGAACUAUGAUUAUGACAUGCCUUCAUCAAAAGACUUACCAUUACCUCAGUAUAUUGAUCAGGAAGGGCUAGAUGGCUAUCUCCAAACCUCGACUACCCAUAAUAAAUGUUGUCAUCGGUGUACAAUACUAUAG